CAUCUUGUGUUUUGCAUAUGAUUCGCGUGGAGGAUAGGAAGAAAACUCGAGUGGGUAAACUGAAAGGGAGCUCCAGGAAAGUGUCGUGCAAGGACUGCAUUUAGACAGCAGUUUGGGAAAGUCAUGGGGAAGUCAUUUUCUCACUUACCACUGCAUAAUUUUAAAGAUGAGUACCAUGAUAACCGCACACAUCAUUCUGAUGUUUUGGAAAGAAAUGGAAUAGUACAGCCCGAUUCACACUGUGAAGAUGGCAGAAAUGGUGAUGUGUCCCAGUUCCCUUAUGUGGAGUUUACUGGGCGAGAUAGUGUAACUUGUCCCACAUGUCAAGGAACUGGUCGAAUUCCACGAGGCCAGGAAAAUCAACUUGUUGCUUUAAUCCCAUACAGCGACCAGAGGCUUAGGCCUAGGAGAACAAAGCUUUACGUGACAGCUUCAGUGAUCGUUUGCCUGCUACUUUCUGGGCUAGCUGUGUUCUUCCUUUUUCCAAGAUCCAUUGAUGUUUCCUAUGUUGGUGUGAAGUCUGUGUAUGUCAACUAUGACAAAGACAAGCGUAUUGUGUAUCUCAAUAUUACAAAUACAUUGAAUAUAACAAACAAUAACUAUUAUUCUGUGGAAGUUGCAAACAUCAGUGCACAGGUCCAGUUCUCAAAAACUGUUAUUGGCAAAGCCCGACUGAGCAAUAUUACAUCAAUUGGUCCCCUUGACAUGAAACAGAUCGAUUACAUGGUACCCACAGUAAUAGCUGAAGAAAUGAGUUACAUGUAUGAAUAUUGUACCUUGGCUACAAUAAAAGUACAUAAUAUUGUAGUGAUGAUGCAAGUAACAGUGACAACUGCUUACUUCGGUCAUACUGAGCAAGUUUCUCAGGAGAGAUAUCAGUAUGUGGACUGUGGAGGGAAUACUACCUACUUGCAUGGCCAUUCUGAAGUUUUAAAUAUACUCCAGCCACCACAGCAGUAAUGUGUUUAGAAGGUUAAUUUUAAGAGAUGGGGGAAUACCAGUGUUUUUUUUUUAUUAGUACCUUUUAGGUACUCCAACUUGUUUGUACUUGAAGAUUGUAUAGCUGGUCUCACUGUGUUAUUUACCUAGUUUAAUUAAAUUUUUAUUUUGUUUUAUUGUUUACGAGUUCUAUCUUUGAUAAUCUGGUAACCUAAUGUACAGCUCAUGUAUUACUGUAAGCACAGGUUAAAAGGAAAAUUCUUUUACUUACCAGUUUGUGUCAGAUACUCUUUUUAUGUUGUAUAUAAACGAUCCAGUUAAUGUUACCAUAAUACAAAUAUAUACUCCAAUGUUGCACACUGCUUUGUUUACAUUUCAUAAUUCAUCUAGGAGCCCUCUUAUGCAAGUACAAGUUGAUUGUUUUAAGCUUAGUAUUGUAAAGGAAGGAAUUAAAAUCCGCACAGUAUGGAUUAAGAAAUGCUGUUUAAUUCAUGAAAUGAAAGAAAUGAUUACUAUUUCUUAUGAAAUUUGCUAAUGCUUACACUUGAAAUAUUUUGAAAGUUUUUUUUUCAACAAUUAGGAAACAGUAUCUUGCAUUGUGUGUAUUAACUUGAUGUUUGAAAACACAUCUGUAACCAUUUAUUUUGUCAUUUACACUGAGAUAUCAGACAUUUAUGCAUAAUAAAUAAUACAAUACUGCUUUAUCAGUAAAGAAGAUAUUCAACACAUUACCUAAAAACCAUGUUCAUUUGUUUCGAAAUGUUACAGUAGACUGCUAACCUGAUGUCCGCAUCUUGCAGAGAUAUUCUGACACAUUAAAUGGCAUGUUUGUUAAAGCUAAAAUAAUGUACAUUAUGCUAGAAAUGUAUUUAUACAGAUCAGCUGUUUAUAUAAGGUAAAAUGGUUCUAAACAUUAUUCUGCUUAAAAUGUUUGCAAUAGUUUUUUGAGAUAUUCCAUAUUAUCAUUUCCUGGAUUUAUUAAUGGUUUGCUCAGAACCUAUGGCAUUACUGUAUUAGUUAAUCAUGUUAUUUCAUGUAUGCUUGUAUUAUUACCUACAGAUCAAUUUUGGUUUGACAUAAGCAGGGAAUAUAUAAAUAUUUUCAUUUAGGUUUUUUUUUUUUUUUUUUUUAAUUUUUCAGCAGAUGACACUUUAACAAGUACCACAGAUUUUUAUUACUUUAUAAAAUAUGUUUUCUGAAACGUAAAAACUUUUAAAACAUGUUACAUAAUGCUUAAUGUUGAUGAAAUUUUGAGUACUUGUUUACUCUGGAUAGAUAAGUUGCUGCUUCCAACAACUUUGCCCUGAUAAAUUUGUGUUCAACAAGUGGAUGAAUGGAAAGACAAUAGCAAAUGUGGGAUCAUCUGGAAAAUAUUUUUUUUGCUAAUCAUCAAGUUACUUUGUAAAAUGAAGAUAAUAUCUCUUAGAAGUGAUAUUUAAAUAGUUAAAAGAGAAAACCAUUUUGUGUUUUGAAGAGCUUGAUAAACACUGUUUACUCAGCAGUCUUUUUAAUUAGGUGACCAAAAUGUAGUGAUUAUAUGGAAUAUUUUUUUUAUUGAACGGAUACUCCAGGCUACCUUAUGUGAACAAGAAGUCCAGUAAAACUGCAGCAUAACUAAACAUAUUACCUGGCUGCAUUGUGCAGACUUUACUGUCAAGCAUUUGUCACUUUCUGUGCCCAAGAGAUUUUCAGUUUUGUAUGCACAAAUACAGCACUCUCAGGUUUUUUUGAAGUUAAAGACUGAGCAUUUUGAAGUUUAAUAACCCCUAUUUCUUUCUUUGUGAUAGAGCAUUAAGUAUUUAUCUCUUUAGAAAUCCUUAUUUCUUUAUUGUGCAGUGAAGGUGCUGACUUUCACACAGCUUUUUCCUAAUAGCUCAAGAGUUCCCGUAGCAUGCCUUUGUAUCUUUAUAGCCACAGCAAAGAAAUGGGUCCCCAUUUUUGUAAAAUGCUGUUUAAUUAUUCAAAACCACUUUCAUGGAAUCAAAAGUUUUGGUUUGACUUGCUAUGGUGUUAAUGUUUUACCAAUUAUAAUGUUACUUUAUAGUUUUUUAAAAAUUAUUGUGGUAAGUCAUAAAAUAUUUGGAAAAAUGUUUACUGAAACUAAUGAAACUGCAACAUUAUUUUUCUGAGCAACUUUUUUUUUUUUUUGUACACAGUGCAGCAUUGCACAUGCUUUUUGUAUGCCGGCAGGAACAAAUGUUUCGGAAAGAUGGCAAGGCACAAAUGCACUUCUUCUUUAAAUUUGCUUGUUUUCUGCCACAAGCAAUCUUACUGUAUCUAUGGGAGCAGACCCCUAGGUCAACUGUGCUGCAGUGUCCUGCUUUUGAAUCUUAUUUUCUGUCCUAGUAUUACUGCAUAUGUUUGAAAUACUCCACUGACUUUGAGAUCUGAAAAUAUCCACCAUGUGGUGUUGAUAUUUUAGUAAAUCAGUACAAAUUGUUUAACUCCAGUUAAGUCAACAUAAUUUUUAGUGGUAUUGGUAUUCCUAUAUACAAUUAAUGUUUUUGAGGAUUUUAGUACACUUACAGUUGUGCUUUGCUAUAUUUUAUUCAACUUCAUCUAUAAUAUUUUUAAUAUGAGCUCAUCUUUGUGUGAUUUAAGUUUAUUUUAAAGGAGCUAUUUUGAUAUCUUGGGUUGAUUAAAUUAACAUAAGUGAUAUUUAUGCUAUUGUAUUUGACUAGUGCAAUAGGUUUAUUUUACAAUAACUCAGUAUUUUGUGUAUUUUCAAUGUUGUAUAUUUUUAACAGCCUAUUUAAGUGUGCAGUUGCAUACAUUUCAUUUACUUCGCUUACUUAAAAAAUAUUUUAGGUUUGCACCCUUUUAUAAUUAGGGAACACUUAAUAAAACAAGACAAUAUAUGUAGGUUCUACAUUUAAAAGAUGAUUUCUGACAUAGACCCAGGUUUGCUUCCCGGGUCCUCCCUGCGUGGAGUUUGCAUGUUCUCCCCGUGUCUGUGUGGGUUUUUUCCCACAGUCCAAAGACAUGCAGGUUAGGUGCAUUGGAGAUUCUAAAUUGUCCCUUGUGUGUGCUUGUUGUGUGGGUGUAGUGUGUGUGUACACCCUGUGGUGGGCUGGCGCCCUGCCCAGGGUUUGUUUCCUGCCUUGCGCCCUGCAUUGGCUGGGAUUGGCUCCAGCAGACCCCCGUGUUGGAUAAUGGAUGGAUUUCUGACAUGCAUUGGUUAAAUGCAAAAUAGAAAGGCAAAUGCACAGACUGUGAUACCUUUUAAAAGGGUCUUUUUAGUUCUUGUUUCUAAGACAUAAAGUCAAAAAUUACCUUUCAAAAAAGACAUUUGCUACAGUGACUAAUUGAUCAAUGUAAGAUAUGUGCAAUAUAACAUAAAAUUAUUCAGGCAUUAAGGUGACAGUUGAAUUGAUGAUCAACUGUCAGGAAAAUAUUAUUUUGCUUUGAGCUUGUUAUUAAAACCUCCAGACUUGCCUUAUAAUAAAUGAGUGCAUUUGGCUGUUAGAGACCAGAUGAUUUUUACUUUAAAUUCAUUUGUUUUAUUAUUUCAGCAAAAAGAGUGUUCCACUGUUUAAGCUAUGGAAAGGUGUUAAUGAAUGACAAUUGUAAUAACAUUAGAGUAGCAUUUCUAAUUUUGCACUGUUUAGAAUAAUGUAUUUUUAGUAAUUACCAUAAUUCAUAUGAUCUUAUAGCAAAUUCUAUUAUUUUUGUCCACUGGUCCAUAUUUUUGAACAAUAAACAAUCGCAAUUCAGACAUGUAA